AUGCCCCCUCAGUCGACUCCAGAGACAUACGAAACUACAUCUGAAAGUGACAGUAGUGAGGAUAGCCAUAUAAGCGAGCAAUACGCAACGCGAUUAAACACUAUUAACCUCCUAUCGACUUUAGUACUUCGGAGAGAAGAAGAAAUGGAGCGAAGAAACGUUCCACGAACUGGUGAAAGACGCACUAGCGGUCAAAGAGGAGCCUUAGGCCAUCCUAAUAGAUAUAGCUCCGUAUACGGAAACGAAUUGAAUAUCAGCAACCAAACUAUACCAAUAGAGAUAAGAAACACCGGCCGGGUGCUGAUGGGAAUGCAUAAUGAAAAUAACGACCUUUUUGAUGAAGAAUUUGAUGAUGAUUACGAAGAAGAUAUGGAUGAAAAUGUAGAGGAUAGUUUUGAUGAGAGAUUCGAUGAAUAUGACGAGGAGGAUGAUAGCGACGAUGAUGGGGACCUGGAACCUGAGAAUUUGCGUUCCGAUAUCCAAUCUAACGAAAGAUUGUUGCUUUCUAGUGCCCGUCAAAACCAUACAAAUACGAACACACUUAUUUCAUCUAAUAAUGAUGCGAUUCCGCUAAGACGCCAAAAUGCCAUCAGGGUUAGAUCUUGGCUACAUGAUGACGAAAGGGGCGUUUCCCCAGGGCCUGCCAAUAGUAGGGCUGAAAAAUCGUGGCUGAAGGAAUUAGAUGAUUUGCACUUUGAACUAUUUCAUACUCAGAAUUUCUUCAAGUACUUGAAGGCAUAUCUGGGUAGGGCGCCGAUCUUCAAUGGCCACUCAAACCACGCGUCGUCUUCAAUUCGUUCAGAAUUACCAGAUGAUUUGAUAGGAAAUUUAGAUUCCAUAAUGGAUUUAUUUUUGCAAAAAGAAUAUCAGGUAAGCUUUGGUCUAACCAGGAAAAGAGCCGUGUACAGAGUGAUAAAAUGCUGA